GCAAUAUCUGGCGCUGCAGUGUGGAUUGUUGAGUGAUCCUCUCUGAUCAUGUCCACGCGUCAACGCGAAUGACUCAGCAUGACGGUAGUGCGAGUCACGAUGGAGUUACCGUUUGGCUCCCACUGCCUCUCCCAUUUCCCCAGCUACGUUCCCGGCAUGCCAGCUCCCAGCCCACCACCCUUCAAGACCACUACCCGUCUGCAAAUCCGCGCCUUUCAGGAUAACGACGCCGCCUUUUGGCUACAUCUGCGCGGCCAAAAGAGCGUCUUACAGCCCGCCACCUUCGGGUAUGCCGUACCCCCUGCGCUGAACAUGUGGGAAACAUGGCGGAAGUUGAUCGACGAAGCGCUUUUUGCGGGCAUUAUAGAGGUGAAAGGAGAUUUCUCGGGGUUGGUGAAGAGGUUAGAAGAGGAUGAAGGGGUAGCUUGGGAUCCCGCGCCAGAACAGCAAGAUGAGCGCGGGAAGGAGAAAUACAUGGAGUGGGCAAGCAGAUCACACCCAGCUGGGAUCAUAUUGCUGCGGGUACACAUUCCCAAGAAUAGGGAUGCCGAGCUGGGGAUGAUGUUUUCCCCCGAAUGGCAGGGCUUGGGUCUGGGCAUCGAGCUCCUCCGUUGGCUGAUACCGCACGCAUUCGACCAACUGGGGAUGCACAGGCUGAGCCUGACUGUGAAGGUGAGUAACGAGAGGGCGAGGCGGCUGUACGAGAAGGUCGGGUUUGUCCUGGAGGGGAGGAGGAAAGCGGCCGUCUGGGAGGAUGGAAGGUGGGAGGAUAUUCUGGAGAUGGGCAUCGUUGCGGAGGAGUUCUGGGAACGAUGCCAUGUAGAGAAGGAGCGAGCGAGGGAGGAGUGAGGCAGCGUUCGGAGUAUUGGGAUUUCAGCAAGAGAUGCAGUUACAGCAUAGACGGUCUAGAAAUCUGUCACCUGC